CUCGCACUUCUCGACCCUCGGUCAUGAGUCAGCUCCUGGAUCACCAGGACUGUAUCGAAAGACUUCAAAAAGAUCUCGUCGACCUCCAAGGUGCCGUUCUGGAUGUUUUCUCGAGAACCGGACCCGUUCGUGUUCCCUCCUGGAAGUUCCCCGAUAAACUGUCCUGUCACCUGGACAUGGUGGCUCUGCUGGACGAGUACGACUUUGUGGACGGAGACGGUGCGUCGAAUCAACACUCCCACGUAGUUCUACUAGAACUCGUGAUUGACAGGUAG